AGGACUCAAUAUCUUGAAACAAGUGCAUGCAAGUUGUUUGAAUUGGUUGCAACCUUGGUUCACUGCUCAAACUUUCUUGCAUUGAAGUGCAUCUCCGAGGGUGCCGUAGGCAUCGCCAUACAAACAGAAUGGAUUCUGAAAUGUCAGAAAACUUUGAUUUUGUUGACCCUGCAAACUCUCUCAUCCCGGAGUCUGAAAUGAUGACUUCUCCCAACCAACUCUCAAGGGCCUUGAAGAUGGAUUACACUUUCAUCGAGUCGAGCCCCAUCUCACCCUUUUCAGGAUUCGCAUCGAACUUGCCAAACAUUUGUUCGACGGAGAAAAAGAGAAGCCAUGCUUCCUUGCACGCGCCUUCCUCGCCCUUUGGAGGUUUUGCGCAACUCCUAAACAACUCUCCGGGUCGGGGUUCCUCACCGCACAAAAUCAUGCGAUCACCUGAAAGCACUUCGGACUCUUCCUUCAUGACACCAGAGCCCAGGUGGUCUCCAAAGUGUCGCAGAAAUUUGCUGCAAGAAGAAGAUUCUUUGGACAGGGGGCCUGUUUCGUUCAGCCCUGAAACAUCGCAGAUGCUGUCCUUCGGAGAAAAGGAUGUACUUGGUGAUGAUCAUAUCACUGUGGUAGGCAAGUAUGGCAGUUUCAAGAAUUGCACCAACGAAAAGUUCGAAUCGAAGCCCCCUUCGAAAAAGAAGUCAAAGACAGCUCCAACCAAACGCAGUUUAGUGCCAAACCUCGAGAAUGUAAAUACGAACAAGUCAGUUGGAAACAAAA